UCACAAACUUUAAAGACGUGUGUAACCAGCAUUAUUUACCAACAUAUAUCUCACAUUCAGAAAUUAAAGAAACAUUGUCGAGAGUAGUUCAUACAAAUCCGGGUCUUGUACACCAUUAAUCAGUGUUUAAUCUCUCUUUAUCAGUGAUAGCAACCGGCGUUUAUCAAGGAUAUUUGUGCUACAACUCUUAACAUGGCGGACGAGCCGCAAAUAAUUCAAGUAAUCAGAAUUAUCCUGGAAGUGAUCUGGACUAUCGUCCUCCUGCAUUAUGAGCUGACUAAGGCUUUUGUAAAGUGGACCGUGCCCCAGGAGCCUAAGGACGUCUCUGAAGAUGUGAUAUUGAUCACGGGCGCCGGGCAUGGCAUGGGCCGCGAAGUGGCGUUAAGGUUUGGCCGUCUUGGUGCGAGGGUGGUGUGCGUCGACAUCAACGAUAAAGGCAAUGAGGAGACUUUGAAUAUGAUUACAGAGGAGAAGGGAAGAGCAUACACGUACCAAUGUGACGUAACAAACCGUGACGCAGUCUUCGCGCUGGCAGAGAAAGUAACAAGCGAAGUUGGAGAGGUGACAAUCCUCGUUAACAACGCGGGCAUCAUGCCCUGCAAGCCCAUACUGAAGCACUCCGAGAAGGAGAUCAGGACGCUGGUCGACAUCAAUGUCAAUGGAAACCUUUGGAUGAUCCAAGCGUUCUUGCCAGCGAUGCUGGAGCGCAACUGCGGUCACAUUGUGGCGAUGUCCUCGAUGGCUGGUAAGAUGGGACUGCGCAACUUGGUGCCCUACUGCGGGACCAAAUACGCAGUCAGGGGCAUCAUGGAGUCGCUGGCAAUGGAACUGCACGAAGAUCCUAGAGAUACUAAUGGGAUAAAACUGACCACUAUCUGCCCGUACAUCGUGAACACGGGGUUAUGCACCAACCCCCGCAUCAGGUUCCCGAGCCUCAUGAAGGUGGUGGACCCUGGAGAGGCUGCUGACCAGAUUGUGGAUGCUAUUCGUAAGGAAUACCAUGAGAUCACGAUCCCCAGUGACUUGUAUUAUACUAAUAAGAUUUACAAUCUACUGCCCGUGGGUGCUGCAAAGUUAAUGACUGACUUCAUCGGGACGGGUUUGGACCCGCAAUAAAACCGAAAUUUAAGGAUUUUUUUUAAAAGCAUUUAAUUGCGUCGAGUUUGUAUGACCAUCAUGACAAUAGAGAAAAAUCUUUAGAUACUUUUGUAAAUAAAAUAUAUUUUGUUA